AUGUUACGAUUCUCGAGACUAAUCUAUUUUAUCUUUCUUUUAUGCAUCACGUUGAUGUGUGUUAACAGUAAUGGUAUCGGCAACUGUGAAUGUCAUAAUUCAUAUAAAUGGACCCGAGAUUGUUGUGGACCUACCGGUGGUUACUUCUUUUAUCGUAAAUGUUACAAUACAUUUGGAUUGUCAUUCAUUCAAUGUUGUCGAUAUGCUGAAUUGCAUGGACGAUGUGUCGCUUAG